GGAAUGAGUGAAUUUUAUGGAUCAAGUGAUGAGGAGGAAAACUUUAAAGUAUUAAAUCGUGCGAUUGAUUUAAAAUGUGUCUUUUGGGAUACCGCAAAUGUAUAUGGAUCUGGAAACAAUGAAAUAUUGCUUUCAAAAGUUCUUAAAGAUCGACGUAAAGACGUUUUUCUUUGUACAAAAUUUGGUUAUGUUCGCACAGAAGAUGGGAAGUUUGUAGGAGUAAAUGGGAAGCCAGAAUAUGUUCACGAAGAAUGCGAAAAAAGUUUACAAAGAUUAGGUGUUGAUUGUAUUGAUCUUUACUAUCAACAUCGUGUCGACUCUAACGUACCGAUUGAAGAUACGGUUAAAGCUAUGGCUGAACUUGUUGAAAAGGGUAAAGUUAAAUAUAUUGGGCUUUCAGAAUGUUCAGCUAAUACGCUUCGAAGAGCUUACAAAAUUCACCCAAUCGCUGCUGUUCAGGUAGAAUAUAGUCCGUGGUCUCUUGACACUGAAGAAAAUGGACUUAAAAAAGCUUGUGAAGAACUUGGUGUUACAAUUGUCGCAUAUUGUCCAUUAGGUCGUGGUUUUUUAUCGCCUAGUGAUUUUCGCAGAGCACAACCUCGUUUUGUAGGAGAGAAUUUUGCAAAAAAUUUAGAACUCGUAAAAGAAAUUGAAAAGUUGGCCAAAAAGAAAGGUAUUCCUGCUAGUCAACUUUGUUUGGCAUGGGUUUUAGCUCAGGGUGAAAACAUUGUUGCAAUUCCUGGUACUAAAAAAGUGAAAUACUUGGAGGAAAAUAUUCAAGCUGCUAAUGUUAAUUUAACCUCUGAAGAACUAGCCGAAUUUCGAAAAAUUAUUGAUUCUAUUAAGAUUGCCGGAGGUCGAGAUCAUGAAGGUGCAUUAAAGGCCUAA